CGGGGCCGGAGCCGGCGGGAGGAUGCUGCCCGCCGCGCUGCACCUGCUCGGGAUGCCGCUGCCCGGGGCGGCGGAGGCGGCGGUAGUCGAAGAGCCGGGGGAGCCGGGCCAGCACCCCCAGGGCUUGGCGCUAUUCCGCUGGCAGUGGCACGAGGUGGAGGCGCCCUACCUGGUGGCCGUGUGGAUCCUGGUGGCCAGCCUGGCCAAAAUCGUCUUCCACCUGUCUUGGAAGGUGACCUCAGUGGUGCCUGAAAGCUGCCUACUGAUCAUGCUGGGACUGGCACUGGGGGGCAUCGUCCUGGCUGUGGCCAAGAAGGCUGAGUACCAGCUGGAGCCGGGUACUUUCUUCCUCUUUCUGCUGCCCCCAAUUGUGCUCGACUCCGGCUACUUUAUGCCCAGCCGCCUCUUCUUUGACAAUCUGGGCGCCAUCCUCACCUACGCCGUGAUAGGCACACUUUGGAACUCUUUUGCCACAGGUGCUGCUCUCUGGGGCCUUCAGCAAACAGGACUUAUGGCCCUCAACGUGCAGGCUGGCCUGCUGGACUUCCUGCUGUUUGGAAGCCUGAUCUCGGCAGUGGAUCCGGUGGCCGUCCUGGCCGUAUUUGAGGAGGUUCAUGUCAACGAGACGCUCUUCAUCAUCGUCUUUGGCGAGUCGCUCCUCAACGAUGCAGUCACCGUGGUCCUGUACAAGGUGUACAAUUCCUUCGUGGAAAUGGGCUCAACCAACGUCCAGGCUAUGGACUAUGUGAAGGGUGUCGCCUCCCUGUUCGUGGUCAGUCUGGGCGGGGUGGCUGUGGGCUUAGUCUUUGCCUUCCUCCUGGCACUGACCACACGUUUCACCAAGCGGGUCCGCAUCAUCGAGCCACUGCUGGUCUUCCUGCUCGCCUAUGCUGCCUACCUCACCGCUGAGAUGGCCUCACUCUCUGCCAUCCUCGCGUGA